AUGACGUCGACUUCCGCCUCCGCCUGCGGCGGCAGCGCCCAAGGGAACUCAUCGGCAGUGCCAUGGUCCAGCCUUCCCGACUAUCUCCUCACCAUAAGCUACCUCAGCCUCACCGCCCCAGUAGACCGCGUCCGCUUUGCCGCCGUGUGCACGGCGUGGCGUGCCGUCGCAUCACCGCACCUGCCAUGCAGCGGCGUGGGCCGUCCACAGGGGUACCCGUUAGUCUUGCGAAAGGUCAUCUUCUCCGAGGAGCCCACUUUGAGUAGUUGUGUCGUCGCCGCCAUCACCAAUGUGCACGAGCUCGCGUUCUAUAAGGUUGGCUCCCCUGGGUCCGGUUGGACAAUAAGAGGACUGAAUUGGAAUGAUCGUCUCAUGGAUAUCGCCUUUUGCAAUGGCGAGCUCUAUGGCAUCACAAGAGACAUCAAGAGGCUCAUCAAGUACGAGUUUGGUGUAAACCAACUUGAAGAGCUCGAUGUUAACAUCCGCUCGUUGUGCAUGCUAAACAACUACGAAAACGGCCCAGACGAGCAUGUGAGGUACAUUCUUGAGCUACGUGGCAACCUUGUAAUGGUGGUGAGUAAUUAUACGUUGUACAACAGCUUCACGGCCAUCGAAAAAAACAACUUCACAGUUUUCGAGCUAGUCCACAGCCACAGGUAUAGCUGGCCAAAGGUUGAUAACUUGAGAGACUAUGCGCUAUUCGUGGGGCCAACAGGCUCCAAGGCAGUGCGUGUGCCGGCAAGUGGGUUGGGUGAGAUGCAGAAAAAUCACAUCUACUUCUCCCACCAUCGUUGCUUAAGGCGAAACGAUAAGAUCCCCAAUGGCGUCAAGGUAUUCUUGAAGAGCUUAAAUGACGAUGGUUACCGUGUGUAUUACAAGAAAGAUGAAAGUGUCAUGGAUGGUGUGAAAGGCAUCAUGUCUACAGGGUACUACGCAAUGGGCGGUGUCCAUCCCCCCAUGUGGCUAUUCCCUGAGAGAUGUGCAGAGGAUUAG